AUGUUCGCAAGCGAAGAAAAGACGUGGUUCAACAUCCCCGAAUUCAACAUCCUUGCCCAAAAUAUCACCAUCCCCGGCCUAGCACCCCAAUUUCCCGCCAUACACUGCACCGCAGAUGGAUCAAUCUGCCAAAUUGUUACCGGCAUGGCUGAGAUAAACGCCGCUGUCACAGUAACCUCGCUCGUCCUCUCUCCCCAAUUCGACCUGACAUCAACGUACUUCCUCCUCGCAGGAAUCGGUGGCAUAAACCCCGAAGUCGCAACCAUCUCCUCCGUCACAUUCGCACGGUAUGCCGUCCAAGUAGCCCUGCAAUACGAAUUCGACCCCCGCGAACUCCCCGCAAACUUCUCAGCUGGAUACGUGCCACAAGGAAGUAAGACACCCGACGAAUACCCCAGGAGCAUCUACGGCACCGAAGUAUUCGAAGUCAAUGACGCCCUCCGCAAACACGCCGUGUCCUUCGCCAAAACCGCCAUCCUAAACGACAGCGCCGAAGCAAUCGCCUACCGCGCUAAAUACGCUACUCCCAGCGGCAUAUACGCAGCCGGCACGCAGCCCCCCAGCGUCGUCGAAUGUGACGUAGCCACGAGCGACAAUUACUUCACAGGCAGAUUGCUCGGCGAAGCAUUUAGCAAUUACACGCACCUCGUGACGAACGGGACGGGCGUGUAUUGCAACACUGCACAGGAAGACAACGCCACGCUCGAAGCCUUGAUCCGCGCCCACGCCGCCAAACUCGUAGAUUUCUCACGCAUCAUCAUCAUGCGGACGGCGAGUGACAUGGACCGGCCGUACCCAGGACAGGCCGCGACGUCCAACCUGUUUUGGGAGAAUCAGGGCGCGUUUCCGCCGGCGGUGAGGAAUAUUUAUCUAGCUGGUGUCAAGGUCGUGGAGGGAAUUCUGGGAGAGUGGGAAGAGACAUUCAAGAGCGGGGUUGAAGCUACGAAUUAUGUAGGGGAUAUUCUGGGGAGUAUUGGUGGGACGCCGGAUUUUGGACCGGGGCCGGUGGUAGGGAAGGCUGGGGCGAGGAAGAGGAGUGCGAGGGGAUGGCGCUGA